GCGGGCGGGCGGCUCCGCUUCCUUCACUGCGGGCUUCGGACUCGGGCUCCCGCCGGCCAGCGCCGUCCUCGUCCCUCGGGAAGCCUUCGCCAAGGCCCCACAGCGCGUCCCCCGGCCGAGGCCCGUUCGUCUCGACCAGUGGCGCGGAGCACCCCCCCGGGAGGGCCGGGAGACACGCCGUCGCUGCGGCCGCGGCGUUGGCGCUCGGGCCCCGGCCUCGCCCGCCACUGGCGGGCCGCGGGAGGAGGGGGCGCGGGGCGGCCCCGCCUUCCCCCCCGAGGAGGCGCCGGGCGGCCAUAUUGCCGAGCUGUCUGCGGCGGCGGCGGCGCGUCUCCUCUCAGGCGGCUCAGGACUCGCACCGCCGCCUCUCCGUUCGCUCACUGCCAGCCGCGACGCCCCCGCCGAGCCGCGCCACAGCCAGUCGGCGGCGGGCAGGGAAGGAGCCGCUCAUUUUCGGGGCGAUAAUAGUUUAUAGAACUGAAGAGUUCCUGAAGAAGGUAACAGACAAGAGAAGGAAAAUGCCGAAACCAAUCAAUGUACGGGUAACUACAAUGGAUGCUGAGCUAGAAUUUGCUAUUCAGCCCAAUACAACUGGCAAACAGCUUUUUGACCAGGUUGUAAAAACAGUUGGUUUACGUGAGGUCUGGUUUUUUGGGCUGCAGUAUGUAGACAGCAAAGGAUACUCUACAUGGCUUAAACUGAAUAAAAAGGUGACACAGCAAGAUGUUAAAAAAGAAAAUCCUUUACAGUUCAAGUUUAGAGCUAAAUUCUUUCCUGAAGAUGUUUCUGAGGAAUUGAUUCAAGAAAUAACACAGAGACUUUUCUUCUUGCAAGUUAAAGAAGCCAUCUUAAAUGAUGAGAUAUAUUGCCCACCAGAAACUGCAGUUCUUUUGGCUUCGUAUGCUGUCCAAGCCAAAUAUGGAGAUUAUAAUAAAGAGAUUCACAAACCAGGAUACCUGGCUAAUGACAGACUCCUACCACAGCGAGUAGAAAAUAUGAAUACUUUUGGUUUUCAGUGGAGUAAGAACAUUGACGGACUACAGAUGAAACACUUCUCCACUAGAGGAGAAGUGGAUGGCAGGCUGUAUUUUAAUAGGGAAGAUUCGAUGAUGGAAUACUUGAAGAUUGCGCAAGAUCUAGAGAUGUAUGGUGUCAACUACUUUGAAAUCAAGAAUAAGAAGGGCACUGAGUUGUGGCUGGGUGUUGAUGCUUUGGGUCUGAAUAUUUAUGAGCAUGAUGACAAGUUAACACCUAAAAUUGGUUUUCCUUGGAGUGAAAUCCGAAAUAUUUCAUUUAAUGACAAAAAAUUUGUUAUAAAGCCAAUUGACAAAAAGGCACCUGAUUUUGUUUUCUAUGCUCCUCGUCUGAGAAUCAAUAAGCGGAUUUUGGCCUUAUGUAUGGGAAACCAUGAACUGUAUAUGCGAAGGAGAAAGCCUGACACUAUUGAAGUACAGCAAAUGAAGGCUCAGGCCCGGGAGGAAAAGCAUCAGAAGCAGUUGGAAAGGGCACAAUUAGAGAAUGAAAAGAAGAAAAGAGAAAUAGCAGAAAAGGAAAAGGAAAGAAUAGAGCGUGAGAAGGAAGAACUAAUGGAGCGUCUCAGGCAAAUUGAGGAGCAGACAAUGAAAGCCCAAAAAGAACUAGAAGAACAGACACGGAAAGCUCUGGAACUGGAGCAGGAGCGCCAAAGAGCGAAAGAAGAGGCAGAGCGGCUAGACAAGGAGCGCCGGGCUGCGGAGGAGGCCAAAUCUGCCAUAGCCAAGCAAGCUGCGGACCAGAUGAAGAACCAGGAGCAGCUGGCAGCAGAACUUGCCGAAUUCACUGCCAAGAUUGCACUUUUAGAGGAAGCUAAGAAGAAAAAGGAAGAGGAAGCUACAGAGUGGCAACACAAAGCUUUUGCAGCUCAAGAAGACUUGGAAAAGACCAAAGAAGAGUUAAAAACCGUGAUGUCUGCGCCCCCUCCCCCUCCCCCUCCGCCAGUUGUUCCUCCCACGGAAAACGAGCAUGAUGAGCAGGACGAGAACAGCGCCGAGGCCAGUGCUGAGUUGUCGAGCGAGGGGGUGAUGAACCACAGAAGCGAGGAGGAGCGGGUGACGGAAACACAGAAGAAUGAACGUGUGAAGAAGCAGCUCCAGGCAUUAAGUUCAGAAUUAGCCCAAGCCAGAGAUGAAACCAAGAAAACACAGAAUGAUGUUCUUCAUGCCGAGAAUGUCAAAGCAGGCCGCGAUAAGUACAAGACUCUGCGACAGAUUCGACAAGGCAAUACGAAGCAGCGUAUCGAUGAGUUUGAAGCAAUGUGGGGACCAAAACUGUAUGCCCUGUUCCAGAUGCGCUCGUGCCAAAGCAGCAUAAAGCAUAUGUAACAGGAUGAAGGCCUUCCUGCUCAUGAGGUCCCUGGCAGCUGACCCACGAUGAGCUUUAGACCGAGGAUGUACUAUGAGAGCCCUGUGUCUUGAACGCAUACACCCCAAACUCUGGUAUCUCCAGGACAACUGGAUGGACUGGUCCCCAUCAACCAGAGCGCUUGCUCGUGUUCUCCCCAACCCCCAGUCUUGUUUGCUCUCGGUUGUCAUCUUGCUGUUUUUCUCUUUCCUGUAGCUUUUCACUGUCCUCCUAGGAGCAGACCUCAGGAGAUGGACCAGGACUUGGGAGGUCUGCAGACCCUGCCUGUGGUCCUCAGCCAGCCAGCACCUGCUGAGCCUGGCUUUAAGAUACCAUUUUCUCAGACAGAUGCUGGAAGGCACCAGCUUCUGGAAAUCCCCCAGCACACCCCACCCCCGCGCUGUGUUUUUUUCUGCAUGACUAGCUGCUCAUAAGAUGGAAUCUAAGGGGACAAUUAUCAGGACUUUUCCACUUUUUAAAAAUGUGUGUGACUUAUCUUCGGCUUUUAUCUGAGCGCAAAUUUGGUGACGUACCUCUCCUGUGUGUACUCCUGUCGAAUCUGCAGAAAUCGAUGUGACAUACCCCCUCCUGUCUGGGCUGUUUGUAUAAUUGUAUAUAAAUGUAGCAAUAAAUAUAUUCUAACAACA